AUGAACUUAUGUCAUUCCAGCCAGCCACAGCAGCAGGUGAUGCUGUGCCCCGUCCGGCUGAUCUACGAGACGCAGAUCCUAGUCCAGCCAGGCGAACAGAUCCAACCGAAUCAAACGCUCUUCAUAAAUCCACAAAACCCACCGCCAUGGAUACAGAACCAGGUCCGGCCUCAAAACCAGGUCAUAUACAUGCAGCAGAUGCCAAGCAACAUGAUGCCUUCCGUCCCUCAGCACAUGGACCAAAAUCAGAUGUACCUACAGAACCUGCAGGGCUACUACCCACAGCAAAUGAUACAGAUGGAUCCCAGGCAAAUGUCUAAUGUAGUCCAAAUGAUGCCAAAUAUCGGUCAAAACGUUAAUAUAGGUCAAAAUGUAAUAAAUGUAGGCCAAAACGUUAGUAAUAUUGCUCCAAAUGUAAUAAAUACAGGGCAGAAUGUAAUGCCAAUAAGUAAUGUUGUGCAAAACGUACAGAAACCUAGUAAUGUCGGUGUUAAUAUUGCUCAAAACCAAAAUAUGGCCAGUAUAGUUAGCAAUGAUAGGGUUUACAAUAGUAACAUGCCGAAUACAAUACCAAUGGCAAACCAAAAUACAAUGACGAAUGUUACCCAAACACAAGAUCGGACAGGUAAUAUGAAUCAGAAUUUGGUAAAUAUGCAGAAAGUCGCAGAAAUGCAAGGGAUGAGACAACAGAAUGUGAGACAACCACAAGUCACAGUGUCUCCGAUGCAAAAUGUAAAAUAUGCUCCAAACACUGUUGAUAUUAGACAAAUUACUCCACAAAAUGUUGGUGAUAUCAGAGCAGUAAACAGUCCAAGACCAAUUACUAGCAACAUACCAAAUAAUGUUAUGCAAGCAAAUGCAUUAAAUAAAAAAGUCGCUAUACCAAGCAACCCAAUCCCAAUUCUUCCUCCAAUACCUCCUCCAAUUCCAAUGAGGCAUUACAAUCAGAGUCCCUACAGACACAUACAACCUAAACCAAGGAGUGUAACGCCAAUCCAAAAUCAGUACAUGCCGGGCGGUUCCCAGACUAUAACUGGACCUAGACCAAAUCAAAGUCUUAACGAAGUAAAUAGGAAAAGAAAGAGCGAAUCACCCGAUGAGACUAAAAGGAAAAUACCUAAUAAUCAGACCGUAACCGUGAUGGAAACCGCGAACGGUAGGACUAUUAGUUAUAUACCCACCCCAGUUAGAGACUUUAAGCUAGUAUCAAGGAAUGUCGAGACUGCAUCUACCGGAACACAAGCCAACAUCGCUAAGGAAAAGCCUCAAGUUGUUGACAUGAAAGUUAUACCACCGACUAAAGAUAAUGCUCAAAUCGAAAGCGAUAAGUUAGUUAGAAACACAGUUUUUACUCAAGCAGCUCAAGCUCUUAAUAGACCCCUUAUAAGAACUGAACCACAACCGGUGCAACCGGACGUCGUGAUACGUAUAGAAAAAUUGCAUUCUCCAACAAAAAUUACACCUACGGAACCCAUGAAAUUUGUAACAUCAGAGGGAAAUACGGAACCAUUAAAACCAGAAACAUCAAAACCGAAUACAGAAAUAGUGAGAAUAGAAACAGCGAAAUCAAUUGCAGAAUUACCGAAAAUGGAAACAUCGAGACCUAAUAUAGAAUUAUUAAAAAUAGGACCAACGACAUCAGUUAAAGAACCAUUAGUAAUAGAUACACCAGCACCAAAUUCCCUACCUUUUGUAUUAAGUGCAUCAAUAAAUGAACAAAAACCGAAUACAAACAAGACACCUCAGCCUAGUAAACCAGAAAUUCAAUCAAAAAUAGAAACAAAAGCAAGGGCAGAAUCAUUAGAAAUGACAAGUAGAACGCCGGAACCUAAAACGCCAAAACGAAAUACAGAAACACCGAAAAUAGAAACAAUCACAAAACCAGAACAACGUACAGAAAUACCUAAUAUAGAAACAGUUAUAAAGCCGAAAGAAGUUAUAAAAGCAAAACUUAAAAAAGAAGAAACUCCCAAAUCAAAAACUAAUAUUAAAGAUGAUAAAACUGUAGAUAAAAAAUCAGUAGUAGAUACAAAACCUGCUAAAAUAGAAGCUAAAGAAGUUAAAGAAGUAAAUAGAAAAUUCACAGUUACUUCUAUAAAUGAUUUUAAAGGAAGCGAGCUGCAGAUAGCGAAUGGUAGUGUGAGGAAAGAGGACACUGAUCAUUACAUAUUAACGCAUGUUUUGGAUGGAUACGUCAUACAAGAGUCUAAUACAGCUUUCCCUAUCCGGAAACCGCUAAAAGAGAAAAUAAUUUACCAAAACGCAGAUCUAUCGAUAGAACCAAAGAGAGAAGAAACGUAUAAGCACAGAACAGAAGAUGGGAAGCUUAUAAAAGAUAAUAGUAAAAUACUGAGUAUCUCCGAUUUGAAUCUGAAUGAAGACGAUGCGAUAGAGAGUGAGGCUGAAACUGUGAAAAGUAAUGAGGAAGCGGAAAUGAGUGAAGAUACUAAAAUUAUAAGUGAAGAAAAAUGCGAACAAGAUUCGGACCAGCCUUUCGCGAAUGUAACGCCAUCUGCAAUCAAGUCUUGGACGGUCGACCAGCUGGCGUCCCACCUGUCAAAAUUCAACUGGGCAGAGACAAUCUCAGUGUUGUCAGAGCACGAAAUCGACGGGGAAUCCUUGUUUUUAGUCAACAAGCAACAGCUUGUGCAGAUCGGAGUCAGCGAAACGCACGCCGACGUUAUAUGCGAGUAUAUAAAGAACAGUUAAAUUGUAGAAAGUGUAUAUAAUAUAAAUAUUGUGAGAUAUUGACUAUAUUGUUUGUAUUGGCUAAGACUAUGUGUGAAGUGCGUGAUGGUGGAAGAAACGAUGGAACAAUAGUGAACAUCUUCAAACUAUUUGACAGCUGUCAGAUAAAUGAUGUGUCGCAUGCCCGCCAGGGCGGCGCCACAGUUACGCACAAAGUGAAUACAGACCAAACAUGAGCUCCGUGCAUUUUCGAUCGAAGUAAGAAAUUAAUAGAGUCAGGCCAAUAUAGCUCUGCAGCGAUUUUGAUAGCCGAGACUUUGUAAGUAUUAUUUAAAACGUCAAAAUUCUAUAUAAUGACGUUUAAGUCUGUGCUAUCAAAAUCGGUGCAGAGUUAUCUUGAUCUGACUCUAAAAUUCCUCGGAGCUCGUGUGCAAGCAAGGUUGUAUAGAGAUGCGAUUCGCAAAAAAAGUAUUUUUGUGGAAUAAAUCCACUGGUUUAGAGACUUGUUCGUUUUUUAUAGCAUUAGAAAAAUACUACGCGAUCUUGACCUGUCUUUUAAUGAAAAACUAUUACUUAUGAAAGCAAAAUAAUGUAAAUAAUUGUAUAUGAUUAAUAAUUGUUACAUAUUUGCCGUGACUUAUUUUUCAAAAGUGUUUUUCAAUAAAAAAACACGGCUAGAUUGUUUAACCUUUUUUCUAAUGCUAAAAAAAAUGAACUAUAGAGUGAUCUUAAGUGUAACCCUGCAAUGGGCUAUGGGUAAGUAGAUAGAUAGAAAAAUAUAACGUUAUUACGAGGGUUGCACUGAAAAUGUCGGGAAUAGAGAAAACUGUCGCAUCUAGACAGUCAAUCUUUAUUUUAAUGCAUACUUAAACUCAAACUGACCACGCAUAUAAAUUUUCUUUUGAAAGUAAUCAUUCUGUAAUGCACACGGCUCAUAAUCCCAAAGUCCUUUUUGUAUGGCGAUUUUGGGGCCUUAGUGGUUUUGUAUGAAAUUCGUAGAGUAGCCAACGGAAUUGAAGUUUUUUUUACAUAUAUCUAUAUAUAAAAGAUUUUUUUACUGUUGUCAUAUGAAUAUUUAGGAAUGUCGAAAUCUGCCGAUAUGCAACUUUUUUGGCAGUCUUUUUAAUUAACAGCACAAAUGCGAUCUUAAAUUUUGACGUCGCUUUGGAAUGACAUGCUUCUUUAAGAUCACCCAUGGGAUAAAAUGAAAGUGACUUUCAUAUAUAAUUUUAACUGCAAACGAGCGUACGAUGAACUCUAGUUCAUAAAAAAAUAACAGAAGCCCAUUGUAACUUUUAUUUGUUCGCUGAGGGCAUAUUGAAAACCGUUUAAAAAUGUGAUCCGAAAAAUCACUUGGCCAAAAAUUCAAAUAAUGUUCGACAUACAAUUUUCAAAUUGUCAGUAAAUUUUAAAUAUAAAUGACAACCAAAUGGAAUAUACCUUAAAAGUUUUAUAAAGAGUUACAUUUUUAUAAAUUAUAUGCCUCAUUCUAUUAUGUUAUUUCUAAGUGUCCCAUUCCCGAAUAUUUCAGUGCGACCCUCGUAUUAAUCUUGACUUAUACAGGGUGUAUUAACCCUGUCCAUCCACUUAAAAGGGUAUACGGUCUGUAUAUACUUUAGUACCUACAAAUAUGUGUAAAAUGUUAUAUCCUAAAUCUGUUGUGCCAGUUAUUAUGAAACGGAUACGAGAUUUUUGUGUCUAUAUGGUACUACAAACAGUUUUUUCAACUUUUAUGUAGGUACAUAUAAUUGUGGUGAUUUGUACCUACACACAACAUCAUCAUAGGCACUUCUAGCCAAAUAAGGGGUCAUCCAUUAAUUACGUCACACGAAUUUCUAGGUUUUUUGACCCCUCCCCCCCCUUGUCACACUUGGUCACAUUUGGCAAACCCCUCCCCCCUAGUGUGACGUCACAUUUUUUCUACGAAAUCGCCAAAUCGAAUUAAGUUAGUAUCUAAGUAUUAUUAAUAUUUUAUCAAAAUAUUUUUGACGAUAUAAAUAUUAGUAAUUUUAUAACCCAAAACUGCUUAGGAAAGAAAAUGAAACGAUUAAAAACUAUUUUCGUUUUAAAAACUUGUUAUUUAAAUGUACAGCGAAUAAAAUAAUUUAAAUAAAUUUUCGGUUAUUGAUGAAGUUAAAGUGACGUCACAAAGUUUGUGUCUCCCCCCUCCCCCAUGUCACAAUAUGUCACAUUUUCUUGACCCCCUCCCUCCCCCUAAACGUGUGACGUAAUUAAUGGAUGACCCCUAAGUAGAAUAAUCGAAUGAAUGUCUGUGAUUUUAGUACUUUACUAAAUUGCAUGGUACAGCAUGGCCAAACAUUUGAGGCACUUGCUAAUCAAAUAACGACCUUAAAGUUGUACAUUUAGAAUCGAUUUUUAACUCUUUGUUGAUCCGAUAUCGAGUCGAUAAAUUGAGAAGCCAGGUCUGAGAGGUGUUAAAACAAAGUUGUUUUUUGUUAAAAAAUGUUGGCCUUAAUAUUUUGAUCAUCUUGUAAUAUCUGUCGGUCUCUAUUUAUAACUUAGAUAGGUAACUAACUAAUUAUAAGUAUAUCUAAAUCUAAAGUCUAUUUUUUAUAUUCUUGUGGUUUAAAACUUGAUUCCUAUUGCACUGUUACCUAGUAAAAUUAGUGACCUAAUUUAAAAAUAAAAAUAAAAAAUAACUAGGUACGAAUUAUUUUUUAUUUUGAUUUUAAAAAGAAAACAUUUUGGUUGCUAAAAAUCGACAAAGUAAUCCAAUUUGUAUGUGAUUUGGGGAGAUUUAUUGAGAUGACCGCAAAGAAUAAUUUUGCUGAAUGUAACAUCUAAUUUAUAAUAUAAAUGUCACUUGGCAAGUGUCAAUAAUAGUUUAAGUACAGUCAGCAGCAGAAGUUGCUAAGCGGGCCAGGUAUUCACAAUGAUCUCGACGCGACUUUAUUGUUAAGAUUAUAAGAUUUUGUCAAGGUAAUUUUAAACACCACGCCUGCCUAGCAACUUCUGCUGCUGACUGUACUUCUCAUAAAUCUUCUAAAGCCUGACAAGUAAUAUAUUGAUGGUCAACAAAUCUUGUCAGUAGAAAAAGGCGCGAAAUUCAAAUUUUCUAUGAGACGAUAUCUCUUCGCGCCUACAUUUUUCAAAUUUGCCGCCUUUUUCUACUGACAAGAUCUGCUUGACCAUCUGUAUUAUCAUUGUCAAGAGGGCGCCGUUAUUCUCAUGCAUAGUGUAACAGUUCAGUAUAGUAUGAAAAAAAUAGUUCCAAUGAAAUACCGCAACGUGGCGCGUGAUCAUAUAUUCCUGGUCAGGCUUUACUUUUUACAUAUGAGCAAAUUCUCUACAGUCAAAAAUGUCAAGAGAAUGGAUAAAAUAAAACGUCAAUUGUUAUAUUUGUAUAAUUAGUGUAUUUUUAUAAUCUAAAAUACACUUUUAAGCCGCUAACGCCUGUUAAAAUAACAAAUUUCACAUUUAAACUGGCGGUGACUGUAAAAUUAUAUGGCGGUGUCCAUAAUAUGUCUGCAUCGAAUGAUAUAACUCAUAUAACAUCAAGCACAAAAUUGGGGUCUACUUGAAAAAUCUACAAGUUACAUUUUACAAUUGAAAAUUGGCAACACUGGUGUAAUUGCCUCUUGUCAUUGGUCAAGUACAUUUAUCAAUGUUGCCGCUUGUAACUUGUAAUAUUACAAAACGAGGCCUAGGUAAGAAUCCUACAAUGAACGAAAAAAGUAUUUGUAUUUAAUAUUAAAAAUAUUGUAAAUAAGAAAUUUUAUACGUGAGACGAGGGGAUAAGGCUGCAAUGUAAUUUAUAACUUAGAAUAUUAUUUUGUACAAAACAUUUGUAAAAUAUUAUGAACCGAGGAAAAAAA